AUGGCCAGGGUCCUGUAUUCAAGAAAGAAACUCGUCAUUCUCGACGACGUCUUCGCGGGUCUUGACAGAAACACAGAGAGUCAAGUUUUUGCGCGUGUUUUCGGUCCUUCCGGACUUCUUCGGCAGCAGAAAAUCACUACUGUUCUCGUCACAAACAGAGCAAACCAGCUUGCGGCGAGCACCCAAAUCAUCGCUCUCGAUCAGGCUGGCCGCAUCUCACAACAAGGAGCGUACGACAAGCUCUGUUGCGUCAGGGGAUACGUCCAGACCUUGUCAAGCCAGCCAGGCUCGGGAGCCGCAGAACAGGACGACCUCACAAGCGUAGAGAAGACUAUUGUGGCGCGGGCAUCUCCGGCUACUUCCAACACCGACCGGGUCGCAGAGCUUGCUCGGCAGACGGGAGAUAUCUCGCUGUACCAGUACUACCUCCAGUUCGCUGGCACAGGCACUUUUAUUCUCGCCGUCUGCGCGCUAUUUGUUUAUUCCUUCUGCAUCGUCUUUCCAAUUGUCGUCUGUAUAACCGCCAAAUACGUGGCCACGGUCAUGCCACUUAGCCUAUUCGUCAUCUACGUCAUCCAAAAAGGCUAUCUGCGGACCUCGCGCCAACUCCGCUACCUCGACCUCGAGGCCAAGGCCCCCAUAUACACACUCUUUGUCGAGACGCUCGAUGGCCUCGCCACCAUCCGCGCCUUUGGCUGGCAGGGGUCCUUCCGCCGCCACGGCCACGAACUGCUCGACGGUGCCCAGCGGCCGUUCUACCUGCUCAACUGCAUCCAGCGCUGGCUCGGCUUCGUGCUGGACAUGCUGCUGACGGGCGUCUCAGUUCUGGUGGUAUUUUUUGCCGUGCGGCUGCGCAGUCAGACGACCGGCGGCACGACGGGCGUGGCACUCGUGAACAUCCUAAGCUGCCACCAAAACCUGGCUGGCUUUGUCCUGCGGUGGACGCUUUUGGAGACGUCGAUCGGUGCGGUCUCCCGGAUCCGGGCCUUUUCGCUACAGUGUCCGACGGAGCUGCGGGAGGCUGUCGUACAGCCGCCGGCAAACUGGCCUCAGAGCGGGUCGAUUCUGGUGCAGAACAUUAGUGCAUCAUACAGCGGCAAGAGCUCCUUCAUCCUCUGUCUCUUACAGAUGCUAGACCUUGACGACGGCAGUAUCACCAUCGACAAUGUUGACCUCUCGAAAAUAACGCGCGAGGCCGUCCGAUCAGUCUUUGCCAGCGUUCCACAGGACUCUGUGCUCUUCGAGGGCAGCGUCCGCUUCAAUCUCGAUCCACGCGGCGUCGUAGAGGACUCGCGAAUGCAGGCGGCCUUGCGCAAGGUGCAGCUCUGGGACCUCGUCAAUCGGCCGGGCAGUGAUGGCAGCGGACUGGAUUCGCUAAUUGGCGAUCUGCACCUAUCCCACGGGCAACGGCAGCUCUUCUCCCUCGCCCGAGCCCUACUAAGCAAGGCUGAAAUGUUGGUGCUCGACGAGGCGACCAGCAGCAUGGACAAAGAGACAAACAAGGUCAUGCAGUCGCUCAUCCGGAGCGAGUUUGCCGACCACACGGUUCUCUGCGUGGAUCACCAUCUCGAGAACCUACUGGACUACGACGUCAUUGCCUACUUUGACGAUGGUUCCCUGGUUGAAUUUUCCUCGUCGAGCGUGUUGCUUCAGCAGAGUAACUCUCGCUUUCAACAGUUAUUGGAGGGCUAG